AUGGCUAUCCGUCGUUCCAAUACCGCACCUCAGCCUCUGAAAUAUCAAGUUCGACCUAGCCUAGCCAGGGCAAAGUCUACCGUAGAUGGCUUCAAUUCUCGCUUAGAUCAAUCAUCCCACCACGUCUUGGUGGCGACGGCGGCCUCCCCGCUUGCUUCCCCGCGUGAUAGAGAGGAUCCAUUCAGUCUUACGGGUUUUUUUCCCGAGGGGGAACAUUGGGAAUGGUUACGACAAGAGCAAACAUUUGAACCUAUGCCGGGACCCGUCGUGUACGCACCGCAUGGGGCUGAAGAUGAGACGAUAGAGGAGACAAUCAAAGGAGAGGAUAAAAUGGGGGUGCUGUCAGUA